CGGCAUUUUCACGCUCAAAUUUAACCCGCUUGCUUGUUCGUGCGUUUUUGGCGUUUAGAAGAACCAAGAGACAGACAAACUAACCACCCCUGCUCUACUUCCCCACCAAACAUAUCUCUUGGCUACCAUGAAGAGACCUACUAUUCUUACUUUUUUUAAUAAAGAAGAGAGAACUAUAGAUCUAAAUGACGGACUUGAAGCAAAAUGUUGUAAAGGUAAUUUCAGAUGUGUGUAUAGAUCUAGGUUCAGUGGGCGGUAAAAACAGCGAUAUUUUAUCAUAAAGUAUGGGAACAUUUUUGAAUGUGAUAAAAUUUAUCGUGAGAUCAAACCGAAAUCAAAUUACAAAAUCAAACUCAUUCAACAGCGGAGUCGUCAUAAAAUAUAUAACACUAUAACAAAAGGGAAACUAAAAGGCCUACAUCUGAGAAAGGGGGCGUGUCCGGUCACAUGAGCGUAAAGACAAUGUUGUAAGUAGGCCUCGCCGAUACAUUAUAAUUAAUUUAUUAUGUCAUGCGCUCAUUGGUAUGUACUGGAAACUUUUAGCCAACCGACAAAAACUGCGGACAAAGGUUGUAGGUCUACUACUACUAGACUAACAAAAAAUCACAAAGAUAACAGUUUUUAUUUUUUUAGGCUUUUACCAAUUCUUGGGGAAUCUGGUUGGGCUUAAUAUAUCUAAUUAUGAGCUCUUCCGUCGACUGCUGCAUUCCUUUUAUAUCAGAGGUCAGAAGUAUAUAGAUCUAAUAUUUAUUUUUUUACCAGUGACCUUAAGAAAAUCAUGCGUUUUGGUUUGGUUUUAUACAGUCUUCAUUUUAAAAAGACUUAAAACCACGCCCACCACUCUAACAUUUGGCUCUAAACUAAAACAAUGAACCAAAAUAUGAUAAAAGAUCAGGUUGGCAGUUAGCAGUGGGAUGGCUAACACUAACAUCGCAAGUCGCAAACCACUGCUCUCCCCUUCCCUUCUCCUCGCCAUUCGCAAAAUUGACGCGGCGGAUUCAUUUGUUUGCGUACGCCAUAUCACGUGAUCGAAACGAAAUGCCUGGCUCGAAGAGUUAGCCUAGUAUAAAGGUUCUAAAGUAGGUCCUUGGCCUGGUUCAAAGACCAUCAGGCUGAUGAACUUUCACCCCAAAGGACUUUUAUAUACAACGACUCAAGGUUUCUCAUAUAUUCAUGUUUUAGGCUUGUGGCCUUGUAUGUUAGUCUUUACCCGUGGCUCAGGUAGCAAUCUUUGUCACUUGUUGUGUCCAACCGUUCACAGAACGAAGGUCUUCGGAAGCCGCGCUUGCCUUGCCGUAGGUAAACUUAAUCUGGAUAGUAGAUAGAUAUCUAAAUCUAGAUCUAGAUCUAGAUCUAGUAGAAGAACAGCACAAAUCAGGAGUCUACAGAACAACAGCAAAGCAAGUUAGGCCUAAUUCCAAACCUUCACGACUCGGGGAAAGUAACCCAGGGUGACCAUGGCUGGACAAGACGUUAUUCCUGAAAAGAUGAAAGCUUUGGUGAAGAAUGAAGCAGGACCCUCGUAUUCAUACACAGAGAUGGACGUCCCUCAGCCAGGGGACGGAGAAGUACUCAUCCGUGUUGACUGUGUGGCGAUCUGCGGCUCAGAUAUUGCCUUGUACAACUGGGACCAUGUGGCAAAGGUCAUCGCCACAAUUCCCUUCAUCCCAGGACAUGAGUGUGCAGGUACGGUGGUCAAGCGUGGGCCCAACACCAGCAUGGCAUUGGGUACUAAGGUGGGUGUGGAAAACCACUUUUUCUGUGGAGACUGCUAUCAGUGCAGGCACGAGGACGGUGCUAUCUGUAUGAACAUGGGACAAUACGGGCAUGGGAAGAAGACUGAGCAUGGAGGAUGUUCUGAGUAUUCGGUUGUGCCAGAAAGAUAUUUGUACCAGAUUCAAAGAGACCUCGAUGCUGAGGAAAUUGCUAUGCUUGAACCUCUGGGAGUUGCACACAAUGCAAUUGAGAGGUUAAAUGUCAAAGGUCAGGAUGUUCUUGUAACUGGCUGUGGUCCUGUAGGGUUAAUGGCUCAAGCUGUUGCCAAAGCCUUAGGUGCCAAGAGAGUUAUUGGUGUAGACAUUGAGAAUGACAAAUUGGAAAUGGCAAAGAAAGUUGGGGCAGACAUUACUGUUAACACGAAAGAGAAGAAGCUUGAAGAAUUUGUGAUGGAGCUCACUAAUGGAGUUGGAAUGGAUCGCAUUUGUGAGUGCUCGGGAUUCCCUCCAGUUGUCAAUGCCAGCUUCUCCUUGCUUCGUAAAGGUGGGACCAUCGGGCUGGUGGGAUUGCCGAAACAGCCCUUGCAUGUGGAGAACGUGCUCCAGGACAUCGUUUUCAAAGCAUUGACCCUGAAGACAGUCCAUGGUCGACUCAUUUUCCACACUUGGAAAGAAAUUGAAGCUUUGGUUGCAGACAAGAAGAUUAAUGUGAAGACAGUCAUCUCUCACAGGUUCCCUAUGUCGCAGUUUGAAGAAGCUUUCAAGACUCUUUUUUCAGGGAAAGCAUGCAAAAUUGUGAUGGAUCCGUCAAAGUAGAUAAGAUAUUAUGUUUUGAAACAGCUUUUAUUUAAAGUUAAAAUAAAGAGAUUAUCAUAUUGAAUCAU